CGUUUAGGAAAACAUUUCAAAUCGAUGUGUAACAAUGUUUUCAACGGCAGUCAAAAUUGAUCAGCUAAAUGAUUAUCUCAGCCUCAGCGAAGAAUGCGUACUACCAGUAGGAAAACAAGGUGAAAAAUACGAAGUAAAAAUUAAAAGCAAGAUCACAGACGUAUCCAAAAAGAACGCUAUAGAUGAUAAACAAGAGUCGAAACGUAUUUUAGUAGGACUCAGUGAUUGUAUGAGCUGUUCGGGUUGCCUGACUUCGUCCGAAGAUAUCAUACUCAGGGAUCGAGGAUAUGAAGAUAUUGCCAAAAAAAUCGGGACUGCUGAAUUCGCUGUAGUUUCAAUUGCGCCCCAAACUGCAUUCAUGUUCGCAGCAGCCUACAAAGUGUCACAUCAGACAGCAUAUAGAAGGUUGUCCUACUUACUACGAACCCUGGGAGCUAAAAAAGUGUAUGAUAUGCAAAUAUCGGAGCAAAUAUGCAUAGAAGAAACGAAAAGAGAGUUUAAACGGGGCUUAGAGAAGCUUUUAAAUAGAACAGACAUUCCAGAAUCAUCGACCAAUACACCUAAUUGUGUAGAUCAUGAGUUGUUGCCCAAUUUACCUAUAAUUGCGGCACACUGCCCUGGAUGGACCACAUACGCAGAGAAGAGUUUGGAUGCAAGUAUAACUUCAAAUAUUAGUAAAGUGGCCUCAAGCCAACAAAUACAAGGGGCACUUAUAAAAACUGUAUUAUGGCUACAAAUAGCAUUUGGCAAGGUCAGGGGAUACUUGGGCACAAGCUGGUCGGGAGCAUUCUACAGAACUAUAGAUGAUAUCUUGAGACUUUGGGGAGAUGGAACUGUGAACGCCAAGGUAUCCACUAUAUACCACGUGACCACUGCGCCUUGCUACGAUAAGAAAGUAGAAGCUCUGAAGGCGCAAAAUGGAGUUGAUCUAUCGGGGUUAUACAAUCGUUUCAUGCCUACCCAGGAAAAGCACCAAGUUCAGCUGGUCGAUGAUGUUAUAUCAACUGGAGACCUACAAAGAAUAAUGGAACUUUACAACCUGGAUUUUGCAACACUACCAGAGGCAGAUCUAGACGAUAUGUUCACGGGCAAGGAGUGUUUUGUGUUCAAUAAGUUGUUCGCUAACGAGACCAUAAGAAACACAUUGGAACAUCAAAAUGCAAUGUCCAGUAAUGGUUCGUUCCAACAGUUACCGAUUCCAUUAACAUACAAACCUAAGCGCCACCUGCGCCCAUCAUCGCAACAUGCACAGUCCGGAGGACUUGCACAAGAAGUAAAAGCAUUCACAGCAAAGUACCUGGGCAUAGAUGAUUCUGCAAUGCAGUUUCAAGAAUCAAUAAACCGGGAUUACAAAGAAGCAACCUUAUUAAUAAAUAAUCUGGCCAUAAAAUUUGUCAUGGCAUAUGGUUUCAGAAAUAUCCAGAAUAUCGUAAAUAAACUGAAGAAAAUGGAUCAUACAAUGGCAUACAUUGAAGUUAUGGCAUGCCCGGAAGGAUGCUUCAAUGGAGCUGGCCAGGUGAUAUCACCGCCAGAACCACAUUGGAUCGUUUCACACGUGAAUAACGCCAUCAAGAGACUCGUACGGUCUACCGCAAUUAAACUACCCGAACUGGCGAAGCAACUCUAUGCCACAAAAACAGAAUACGAAGACACUGAUGCACAGGAGGAUAUACAACUUAUCGCCAAUGUAGUAAUACCAACAAUCAACAACGUUAUCGGCACAAACCUAAUCGCAACACAAUUACAAACCACGGGUACUAAACAAACAGGAUCACUAAAAUGGUAAAUGCUAUAGAAAGAGUUAUGUGAAACGAGC